AUGUACGCCAAGACUGCCCUUUUCCUAGCCGCCGCUGCUCUAGCUCAAGCUCAAACCAGUGCUCAAAUUGCUGAACUAACCGUCAUCUUAAAUGAUGUUAAGGACAACUUGAAUUCCUACAUGGGUCUAGUUACCGCUGGUACCAUCUCUCUAGCUGACCUACCAGCUGGUGUCCUAGACAUCGGUAUGGCUCUAGCUUCCGCCACUGACGACUCCUACACUACUCUAUACUCUGAAGUCGACUUCGAUGCUAUUACUCCAUUCUUGACUGCUCUACCAUGGUACUCUUCCAGACUAGAAGCUGAACUAGCCACCAUCACCGGUGCUGCUUCUUCUUCCAAGGCUGCCACUUCCGCCGCUGCUUCUUCCUCUGCUGCUGCCACUUCUUCCGCCGCUGCUUCUUCUUCCGCUGCUGCCUCCUCUUCUGCUGCCGCUUCCUCUUCUGCUGCUGCCUCCUCUUCUGCUGCUUCUUCCAAGGCUGCUUCUUCUUCCAAGGCUUCCUCUACCUCUGCUAAGGCUUCCACCACUGCUGCUACCACCACCAAGGGUUCCGCUGCUGCCGUCUCUCAAAUCACUGAUGGUCAAAUCCAAGCUACCGCUUCCGUUACCGCUCAAACCGCUAACGGUGCUGCCAAGGCUGUUGCUGGUCUAGGUGCCGGUGCUCUAGCCGCUGCUGCUCUAUUGUUAUAA